CUGAUAUCAAAACAAACUAUUCGGCAACAAAUGAAUUUUUCACAAAUUCAUUUCAAAUUAGCUUAAAAGCCUAAUUUUGUAGUUGUUUAUUUUAUAACCGUUCUGUCAGUGAUAUAAUGAUCUUAUUCGGUGCUUUCUAGAUUACAUUUAUUCGUGUAUAUUUGAAGAUUUGUUGUGUUCUGCCAAGUGAAAAUUCAAAAUGAGUUUAUUUUUGAGGAGAAGUUUAAGUGAAAGUUCUGAUAAUCUGCAGCGUUCACCAUCGCUAGCAUCAAUAAGAGAAAAUAGUUCGACAGAUUCCUGGUCAACACAUGAUAACAAUGACGACAGAAAUGAGAAAAUUCAACGACUGACUCGCGAUCCCGCAGCGAUUGAACGAUCAAAUCUCGUCAACAUUUGUAAGCUUGUUGUGAAAGAACUUUUAGAGCAAUCGUUGCGCUACGGACGUCAAUUAGAUUCGGAUCAUCUUCCAUUACAACAUUUUUUUAUCGUUCUUGAGCAUGUUCUUCGUCAUGGAUUGAGACCAAAAAAAGGUCUCUUAGGGCCCAAGAAAGAACUUUGGGAUCUCCUUCAGAGUAUUGAAAAAUAUUGUCCAGAAGCUCAAGACGUCACCUUAAGUAUCAGGGAUUUGCCAACUGUUCGUACUCACACUGGCAGAUCACGAGCAUGGCUUCGAUUGGCUCUGAUGCAGAAGAAACUUGCAGAUUAUUUGCAAUCAUUGAUUGAGCAUAAGAAUGAAAUUCUUGCUGAAUUUUAUGAACCUCAUGCUUUGAUGUUAAGUGAUGAAAUCAUCGUCAUUAUGGGAAUAUUAGUAGGAUUGAAUGUGAUUGAUUGCAAUUUAUGCGUGAAGGGCGAAGAUUUAGAUUCACAACAAGGCGUCAUUGAUUUUUCACUUUACUUGCGUUCGAGUUCAAGAUCAAGUCCCGAAGAUGAACAGCCAGCAAUUGAAGGUGGAAAUAUGACAGCAGUUUUAGAUCAGAAAAAUUAUAUCGAAGAGCUAAAUCGUCAUUUAAAUGCAACUGUUGCAAAUCUUCAGCAGAAAGUCGAACAAUUGACGACAACGAAUGCAUUGAUGAAAGAAGAUUUGGCGAUAGCAAGAAACAGUCUUCUAACUCUUCAAGCUGAAAAUGCUGCUUUACGUCAGAAUCAAAAUCAUAACAAUCGACAAAUUGUCGAUAAUGCGAAUGUUUUAGAUAAUUUCGAUCCAGAAAUGGCUGAAACUUUAGCUGAAGAGAGAAGAAAGCGACAAGAUACAGAAAGAGAGUUGGAACUUCAGGUGUGCCUAAAAGCUGAGACAGAAAUGGCUAUGAAAUUGCUUGAGAAAGAUAUUCACGAGAAGCAAGACACGAUUGUCUCUCUUCGUCGACAGCUUGAAGACAUCAAGCAAAUUAAUCUUGAAAUGUAUAGAAAGCUUCAGGAAUGCGAGUCAUCACUCAAACACAAAACUGAUUUGCUUACAAAACUUGAAGAUCAAAGGGAGUCUAUGUCGAGCGCUAUAAUGCAGCUUGAGAAGAAACACGCUUCAGACUUGGCUUCGUUCAAGUCACUUGAAGACACCAGCAAAGCCUUAUCGUCUCAAAUCGCUGCAUGUGAAGAGAGUCGAAGUCGAUGUGAAGCAGAUUUGAGAAUAGAAAGGGAAUGGAAGUCUGCAUUGCAAUCGAAAGAACUUGAAUAUAAAGAAGUUAUUUCAAGACUACAAAUGAAAGUCAAUCAACAUGCUGAAGAUGCAAAGAAAUAUGAAAAGAUGAAAUCUGAGUUUGAAAAGCUUAGAAAGAAAUAUAACGAAGAUCAACAAACACUUGAAGAGCUUGGAAUUCAACUGAGCAUGACCAAGUUGCAGAUGUCUGAAAUGAAAGAAAGAUCGAAAAUAGCUGAAGAAAUGGGGAAUGGACGAGCGAUGGCAUCAGAUUGGACACCUGAUGAAUCAGCAACGAACUGCAACUGUUGCCAAACGAACUUUAGCAUAACGAAACGUAAACAUCACUGUCGUAGUUGCGGUGAAGUUGUUUGUAAAAAUUGUUCCGAACAUUUGUUACCGCUUGAAGAUUCUAAUGGAGUCCUUGGGAAACCCGUACGUGUUUGCGACAAAUGUUGGGAUAGUCGCGUUAAUUAAAUAUUUAAAUUAAUUUCAUCAUAUAUUUUUUAUUAAACAAAUUUUCAUUUUAUCGUUAUAAAAAUUAUUAAUAUUUCUAAUAAAUAAAAGGAAAAAUCAUAAUUCAUAGAUUAAUUCUGUUCAAAUAGA